AUGUCGGCUUCACGAUUGCGUACUGCGACCAAGAAUGCUACAGACACGAUUGCUUAUGGGACAAAAGUACUUGGAGGUGUCACUCUGAACCCAGAUAAGGAGACACAUCUGGAUCUACCACUAUUUGGAUCAGUCAAAGAUGCUGCUAAGGAAUUGAAGCCUGACGUCUCGGCGGUAUUUAUUCGUGGAGCGUUGGCUGCAGAUGCCAUUAUUGACGCCAUAGAAGCUGAGAUUCCUCUCAUUGUCUCUGUGGCAGAGCAUGUUCCAGCUCACGAUAUGCUACGAGUCCACGAGGUUCUGAGAACCCAGUCGAAGAGCAGGCUCGUCGGACCGAACGGUCCUGGAAUCAUUGCCCCAGAACAAUGUCGCGUUGGAAUCAUGCCCUACCUGCAGUACAAGUGUGGUCGUAUUGGAAUUGUGUCUAGAUCAGGAACCUUGAGCUACGAAGCAGUUGGCGCAACGACGGAACUCGGAUUAGGACAGUCUUUGGUUAUAGGAGUAGGAGGAGAUCUGACUCCAGGCACCAAUUUUACAGAUGCUUUGAAGGUAUUCUUCGAGCACGAAGAAACCGAGGGAAUCAUUAUGAUCGGAGAGAUCGGAGGGGAGGCUGAACUUGAAGCAGCAGACCUCAUCGCAGAAUAUCGAAGAAAUACCUCGAACCCAAAGCCUAUCGUUGGAAUGAUAGCUGGUCAGAGUGCACCCAAAGGAAAGAUCAUGGGCCAUGCUGGAGCAGUUCUGAGAAGUGUUGUGGAUGUGCCCGCAAGUGUGAAGAUGAGGGCUUUAGAGGAAGCUGGUGUGGCGGUUGUUGGUCAUGCGGGAGCUCUGGGGCAAGAAAUAGCAGAACUGCUGAGCGGAAAACCACUGCCUCAGGUGAUGACAAAGGUCAAGCCAAAGGUUGACAUAAACGAAGCGAUCCAGAGUGGACGUCGAGCAUUUGAUUAA